AACGGCUCGGUUUGGGCCGCCGUCUCCUGCAGCGAACGUGUCCACUCUGGUCACCGUUGGAGCCCGGAUCCAAGCACGACCCCCGGCGAGUCAUGGCGUUGAAGGCGGUGUGCGUGCUGAAGGGCGAUGGCCCAGUGCAGGGCACCAUCCACUUCGAGCAGAAGGAGAAUGGUCCAGUUUUGGUAACUGGACGCAUCAUGGGAUUGACUGAAGGCCAGCAUGGAUUCCAUGUCCAUCAGUUCGGAGAUAAUACACAAGGUUGUACCAGUGCUGGUCCUCACUUUAAUCCUGAAUCCAAAAAACAUGGUGGGCCAAGUGAUCAAGAGAGGCAUGUUGGAGACCUGGGCAAUGUGAUUGCAGGCAAAGAUGGUGUGGCAGAUGUGUCUAUUGAAGAUGUUGUGAUCUCACUUUCAGGAGCUCAUUCCAUCAUUGGCCGCACAAUGGUGGUCCAUGAAAAAGCAGAUGACUUGGGCAGAGGUGGAAAUGAAGAAAGUACAAAGACAGGAAAUGCUGGAAGUCGUUUGGCGUGUGGUGUAAUUGGGAUCGCCCAAUAAACAUUCCCUAGGACGUGAUGGUUCGAGUCCGAGAAACUCAUCUAUUAUCCUGCUAGCUGUAGAAAUUUAACUUGAUAAACAUUAAACACUGUAACCUUAAAAGCGUAA